UGCACACACACAGGAACACGAGUGGGCCUGAUACCAGGCUGGUGCUGCUAGGCGAUCAGAUGGUCAAGUCUAUCAUGUGGCAGCUAUUGCAGGGGAUGAAGUACCUACACGACAACUGGAUCCUGCACCGCGAUAUGAAACCUGCAAACAUCCUGUUGAUCGGGUCUGGCCGAGAAAUCGGGACGGUCAAAAUCUGCGAUUUGGGAAUGGCUCGAGUCUUCAACAAUCCUCUUAAACGGAUGUCGGAUGUAGAUCCCGUGGUGGUGACCAUAUGGUACCGUGCACCGGAACUACUUCUGGGGUCCAAGCACUACACCAAGGCCAUAGACAUGUGGGCCAUCGGUUGCAUCUUUGCUGAGCUUAUGACCACCAAGCCCAUAUUCCGAGGACAUCAGGAAGAGGUGCGUGCGCGUGUCGGUCUGUAG